UCCCCGAGGACGCAAUGCCUCCCUCCGGCAGGCCCAGCAACAGGCGACCGCGUCGCAGACGCGCCAGGUCCAAGUCAACCCCGAAGGCACACGUGGCUUAGCAAUGGGGCGGGGCGGGCCGAGCGGGCAGGCCUGCGCGGUGCGGACAUCCGCUUCCGGGAUCCAGCUCUCUGCGCACCCGGGCCGCGCCACUCGGCCCCAAACCCAGAAUCUGCUGCCUCUGCAGCUGCCCCUACCUCCGCCGCCGUCGGGCCUCUCCUCCAGCGUCGACCCCAGUCGUUCCCAUUCCAGAUCCCCAAAGCGCAGCUCCUCGGCGCCCGUGCAGCGCCGCCUGCCCCCGAAGGCAGUCAUGUUGGACGGACUGAGCUCCCUGCCCACGCAGAUGGAUUACAAGGGUCAGAAGUUAGCUGAACAGAUGUUUCAGGGCAUCAUCCUUUUUUCUGCAGUAAUUGGCUUUAUCUAUGGAUAUGUGGCUGAACAGUUUGGUUGGACAGUCUAUAUUGUUAUGGCUGGAUUUGCUUUUUCAUGCUUGCUGACACUUCCUCCGUGGCCCAUAUAUCGCCGACACCCUCUCAAAUGGCUCCCUGUUCAAGACUCAGGAUCAGAAGACAAGAAACCAGGAGAGAAAAAAAUAAAAAGACAUCCUAAAAAUAACUGAAACAUCACAUGGCUCAGCCUUACAAUACUCAUUCUGUUCUUUGCAGAAUCAAUUUGUCAUAUCCAAAACACAAAAUAAAACUACCUACAUCAUUAUUGCA